AUGAUUUCUUAUCUGGACUUUCAAUCAUUCUCAACAACAAGACAGGAAGUGAGCAUAUCAUUAAAUCUUACUUUUGUCAGCAUCAAUCAAUAAUUGAAAGGGAAAAUUAAAGAAUUUUAUAGAGAUAUCAAGAAUAACAUGAACGAAAUUUAUGAAGAAUGUUUUAAAGCAUAACAUCAUUUAUAAGAAAUCAAAGAUUUGAUAAAAUUAGUCCUAAAACAAUUUUAUAUUGAAGAAUUUUAUUUGAUUCAAUUUGAAGAAGGACAUCAAUGUGUUAUUCUGACCAAUAAUUUUGAUUUCAGAUUCUUUAAAGAAGAAUAUAAAAUCAGUUCUUGGGCACAUAAAAAUACUGCUCAUCAACUCAAUACCACUCAAACUGAACAUUACACCUUACUUAAAACACACAAUCUCCCUAAGUAGUAUAUUAUAUCACAACAUGCUGUCCUCUUUUUGACUUUUAGUGAUAGUGCUCAUAAAACCUAUUCCCAAUACUUCAUGGCUACCUUUCUUUAUGAUAAAUUUAUCACAUUAAUCUAUUAAGGCUAUUAAAUUAUUGGGUUAAAGAAGAUGCAAUCUGUUAGAAAUGAAAUUCUAUAACUAGUCUCCAAGACCAUUUAAUUGUAUAAUUAUAAAUUGAUGUAUGAAAUAUUAGUUUAGAUCAUGCAGUAAUUUAACUUAUAAAAUUUAUUGUGUCAAUUCGAAAAGGAAUUAACUAAAUAACAAACUGUUUCCAAUUAUUUAUUGAUACUGCUUUCAAGUAAUUUAGAUAUAAUUGGCAUCGAGUUAGAAGGCAAUCUAUCCCUUCAAUUAGCAGACAAAGUCAAAAGUACUUUUAAAAAGUCAAUAAAAAAAUAUAAGAAAAAACUCAAAUCUAAAAAGGAUCUAUUAGAAUCAUUCUAAUAAGUUACCCAGCAUAAUGAAAUGAUUAUGUGUUUAUUCUUUAACAACUUCCUUAAUCUAUAUUAUAUGACAGUUCAAUGGAACCACGAUUAAUUUGUAUCAAAAUAUAGUUUACCGAAAGAAAUUAAUUAUGGAGAACCCAUCUAUAGAAUAUUUGAUCAAAAUCCUACCAUUAUUUAAAAAGUAAAGGAAAUCAUAGAUUCUCCCAAUGAUCAUUUGGAAUAUAAUGAUGGGUUUUUUAAGUUCUCCCUAAAGAUAGAAAGAGGAUUUAAGCAAUAAAUCAAAUAGAUCUCCAUAUUCUUAUUUAAUAUUUAAGUAAAAAGACCACUAGAAGAAUUAUUUAGAAUAUUUAGAAGUAAGGUGAAGAUCUUACUUACAAUUAGAAAGGCUACUUUGGCCUUUAAAUCGAAACAACUCAUGAUGGAAAAUCAAUUUCUUAGACAAUCAGCCUUAGUAAUGUAUCUUCCAGAUCAAGACAGAAGAAGAAUUACCUAGACUAAUAAUCAAGAUCAUGAUUAAGACUUAGAGAAAUAUAGAAGUUAUACUAUGAAAUAGGCAACAAAAAAAUUAUAGCAAUUUUUGAAUAAGUAUGAUGAGGAAGAUAAAACUAAUCCUGAACUUAGGAAAAUUGCAAUUGAUCCAAAUUUAUAACAAAAAUUACUAGAUUAUGAAUUUAAUCUACUCAAUAAGAAAAUGUAUAAAAAUAAAUACAUAAUCGCUUAUAACCUAUUUCAAAUGUGCGAGUAUAUUAAAUAGUACCCAUUACUCACAAAAGAAUUCAUUAAUUUUUUGACAGUACUCAAAUAUAAGUACAAUAAAAAAUCGAAUCCAUUUCACAAUUUUACACAUGGAGUUAAUGUUAUGCAUGGUUGUUAUUUGUUUGGUCAUCAUUAAAAGUUUGGCACAUAUUUUUCAGAUUUAUAAAGAUUUGCUAUGACUUUUGCUGGAUUAUGUCAUGAUGUGGAUCAUUCAGGAACAACCAAUUUGUUUUAAGUGAAUGCUUAAACUAAGUUAGCAUUACUAUAUAAUGAUAAAUCAGUUCUUGAAAAUCACCAUGUUGCAGUCACUUAUAAAAUAUUGGCACACAAAUAAUGUGACUUUUUUGGUUCGAUUCCUAAAUAAGAUAGAACAACGAUAAGAAAGUAUGUUGUAAAUAAUAUUCUGGCUACUGACAAUCAGUACCAUUUUAAUCUGUUAAAUGAUAUUGAAAUCAGAUUUGGAUAAUCUAAAGGAGAUCCUAAAAUCUUUGAAACUGAAGAGAAUAAACUCUUAUUGAGUGGGUUCUUAACACAUGCAGCCGAUUUCUUUGGUGCAGCAAAAUAAUAAUAAGUAGCCAGAGCUUGGAGUGAAAGGUUAAGAAAGGAGUUUUAAGCCCAAUCUUAAUUAGAAGAUAUUAUUGGUAUUGCUUAAACGCCAUAUCUACGAAAUUUGGAUAACGAAGUGUAAUAUGCAAAAAAUGAAGCAGGAUUCUUAAAAGUUAUUGUUAAACCAAUUUAUGAGUCCUUAAACAGUUACUCUGAAGGAGCUUUGGCACUUUAAUUAGCAAACAUCAACUUAAGCAUUAAAAAAUAUGAAGAGAUUAUUGAAUCAGCAAAUUAAUGA